GCAGCUGUGUGCUUUGAGUGCUUCGUGUGUGUUCAGUUAAGUGGCUCUACGUGUUGUAACGGCGCGUUGUACGCGUGUGUUUGUUUGUUUGUACGUACGACCGGAGGAUACUAGUGGCAACAACUGCAGCGUCGAGUAUAAAGGCAGUUUUCUGGACAUAGAUAGACUUAGCUUAGAUUCACACAAGAUUCCCCGUUGCAAUAGCCACCAGGUUAUAAUAGCAUUCAUGGCCCCCAAAGGUUAAAGUAGUGAAAAAAAAUUGACUAAGCCAAUUAUGCAGAGUCAUUUAAAACAAUUUCUUUCUGAACUUGUGCCCUCUUUUUGCUAACCAAGGAGGCGCAGAGAGACUGUAAGCCAACCGCGAUAAAAACGGAUAUCACUUCACUCGUUGGGCAAGCAGCCAACAGGCAAUCAGCCACUGCGACUUGGCUGGCAUUUAACACAAUCAUUAAAUAAUAACUUGCUGGCAUUUCCUUUUGCAUUUCAUGCACCCCUCAUUCCCCGCUCUACACAUUUCAUUUUUGCAAUUAUGCCAGCUGGACAUUUGAACGCAUAAUGCUGCGGAGAACACUUGUUAAUGAGGCCUGAGCCUAGUAAUUAAAGAACGCUGUCUAACUAAAAAUGUGCUAUAAUAUAGAGUGUAUAGAAAAGUGUAAACUGCAUAAGUAAAUCGAUGUGCGCGCAUGUGUUGCGAUGGCUAGGGCAGCACGCAGCUUCCGCGCGAUUGCAUACGGGACACAAAUAAUUUCACUCGCCACUGUGAGUCGACCAAAAUAGACGUGCGCUAGGUUUUAAGAGUGUGCGUGCGUGUGUGCGUGUCGCGAUGGGUGAACGCAUAGCAGCAGCAGCGGCGACGGCCGUCGGUGCACGUCAUUCGCGCAUCAGUCCAACACCGGGCCGUGGCAGUAAGGUCGCCUAUACGCUGUGUCCGCGCAUGGAGCCGCCGGAUGAGAAGGCGGCGUUGCAGGUGCAGCGGCGCACCUCGGCAGCGAAGGCGCCGCCAAAUUGUGUGGCCAUACCGAUGUCAUCCAUACAAACUAACACAAAAGUUGGUUACGACAAUGCGGCCGGCACAUCGGCUGCAGUGCGCUCGGAACCGAUUUCAUUGUCAGCGCUGGAUCGCGAUUGCUUUAUUAUACCGGUACACAGUGUCGAUCGUUUUUUGCCAGCCGGCAUACCGCUACCCGCCCCCUCAGCUGAUGGUAAAACCAAUAGCCCACUCAGCAUACUAGAGGUCUCCGAUCCGAAAUUAUGCAUACUCGUACAUUUGAUGAGUCCUUUGGAACCGAUUGAUCCAAUGCUGGAGUCACCGCUGUCACAUCCAUUGUUGAAACAACGCGCCGUUGCGGCCGAGCUCGUCUCCGAGGUGCAGCAGGCGAAUACGGCGGUGGGUGGCAUGCUACUGGCCAAUAUGGAGAAGAAUGCGGAUUUUCCAUUUAUAUCGUACUAUUUAAUCAAUACUACACAAACGGAUCCAUCGCACUUUUACUCGGGCAUACGCGUCUCAUCACUAUCGAAAUUCGAGCCGAAAUCACUAAAAUAUACUGCCGCUCAUACCUUGGACUUGUACAGCGAAGUGGCUGCCAUUUGCCGUCCGCCAUUGGUAUUGGCACCCAAUGAAAGUGGUAGCUUCAAGAAGACACAGACACCAGCAACAGGCUACAUAAUCAGCGUGUUUAAGGUUUUUGAAGGCGAUGACGGUGAACGUUUUGAGAAGAAUUGGCUGUACUGGACGGGAGCGCGUAUGCUAUAUCGUUAUUUGCCACGCGCCGCUGGUCUACGUCGUAUUGCUCUACAUAAGAGCACCUCGCAGCGUGGCGAUAAAAUGUAUUUGUUGGUUUGCGAGUGUGCUGACUUGCUCAAGGAUAUCUCUUCUGCUGCCUUCUUGAUACCCGCACUGCGAGCGCGCCUCUGCGGCUACACGGGACUUUACAAGCCAAUACAAGUGUUCUAAGGUUAUGAGAAAACAUAAAAAAUCAACAACAACAAUUGUCAAUAAAAAAGCAAAAUCUAAGUAGGAAAACAAGAAAUGUAUAUCGACAUAUAUACAUACAUACACAUGUGUGAUAACUUUAAAUUAAGACAAAAGAAGAAUCCAAAUUGAAAAUUCGAAGAAAAUAAAAAUGAAAGAAAAAAAAUCAAAAAAACUGUUGCUUUAAAUUGAAAAUUAUUAUUUAUUUAUAGACCACAGAUUUAAUUAAGCAAAAAGUACUAGAAAUAUGAACAUGUGGCAAGCUCAAAAUUUUAGUAGUUUGUAAAAUUGUUGAAAAGCGCAAUAAAAAAAUAAAACUUUUAGUAUGAAUAAAAUUAAAAAUUAAAAUAAUUAAAAACUUAGUCCAAUAAUCGGAAAAGAAAUAACGUUUUUGAACAAUCAGCUCUUAGAAUGAAAAGAUAUGGCAAUAAAGUUGGUACAAUUUUCGCAAGCGAAUGAAUAUUUAGCAAAUAAAAAACAGCAGACGAACACAUGCAUAUACACAUACAUACUUAUAUGUAUAUAUGAUUAUGAUUAUGACGCAUAUGCAUCUAACUAUUUUUGAAACUACGUAACUGCGUAAUUCUAAAGAAAUUU